AUUAUAUGCAGACGAAUUCAUUGUCGUAAUUUUUUCAAUUUUGUAGAGUGAAAUUUUCAAAUUAAUAUUUUAUCGUUAAGAUGGUGUAAAAAAUUGAAAUGAAUGGAUCGAAAAUAAGCACAAUGUUGCAGUAAAUAAUUUGCAUAUAAAAUUAAUAUGCUCUUUGUGAAAUUAAAGUGAUUAAGAAACAAGUGAAAAAUCUUUUGUGUGGCCUCGUAUUGUCUCGCACACAGAAGUGGAUAUCUUGUUGAUGUUGUUGUUUUAUGUAGAAAAAUAUGCAUGGAUGUAGAUUGGUUACACUUUGCGGUUACAAUGGCUUCUAUAUAUAACAAUAACAUGACUUUAUGAUAAAAACUCAUAUUGGAUAUGAAAUAAGCAAGAAUUUAAAGAAAGGAAAGAAAUAAUUCAACAUAUUUGUGUAGUAAUAAAACCCGUCAAUACUUCUACUACGAAUAAGGCUUAAAAAGACGGCAUCAUAAUGGUGAAGAAUAUACAGUGCCCCGUUUGCACGCUUUACCUGCACGCAGGUAUGAAUCUAUGUGAUCAUUUGGAAACACAUCCCAAAGAGCAAGUAAUUAAGGCUCUGGUUGAUAUGACAAUAUCUGGAAAUGAAAAUCGUUUGCUAACUACUCAGUUAAUUGAAGAAACUAAGAAUAUACGAGAGAAAGAGAGAAACUCUGCCGAAAUUGCGAACAACCAUUCUCCACCGAUUAAAGAUCAUGACGUGAGCAGUAAUUGCAGUAUCUCUGCCAGUAUUAGUUCGUUAUCAAAUCAAAGUUCAAAUCACACACACACCACUUUAUCUAACGCUAUCAAUUUUGGCGAAAGUAAUGCGACAGAUGGAUGUUCUACUUUCUCAUUGACUUCUUCCAAAACGGCGAUAAAAUUUAACUCGGAUUCUGGCAGUGAUCUUAAAAAUCCAUUAGCCGAGCCUCCUGGUGAGGCAAGCGGCGAAUUUAUAAAGCAAACUUUUAAUCAAUCUUCAAAUACGAAUAUAAAUCAAGUGUAUCAAUCCCAAACGACAACUGUGUUGUCUAAUGUGCCGACUGAUUUUUCAAUAUUUGGUAGCCAACGGUAUCAACAUGCACCAUUGCCAAGUCAACAGAAUAGCGGGCAAAGUAAUACCACGGGUCACUUACAUGCACCCACUCAGCUAGUAUCUUCUCAGCAUCAUGUUCAAUAUCAGGAAUAUACACGUGGCAGCUUACCGCAAAACAGCCCAACGCAACUACCUAUCUUACGUGCAGAAUCAAUAUCCUCAGGGACUGUUCCAUAUCAUAGCCAACAAAAACAACAAUCACCCAGUGAAUUGCCGAUGCCAAUGCAAUUAAACACUGUUUCAAACAGUCAACGUCAGCCGCAGAUGUAUCCUAGCCAUCAUCAUCAGCAAGAACAGCAGCACCAACCACAACCGCAACAACAACAACCACAACAGCAACAACCACAACAACAACAACAACAACAGCAACAACAGCCGCAGCACCAGCAACAAACGCUUGCUCAGCACCACCAUCAAAGGCAACAGCCUCAUAUUUUCCCAGCGGAAUUACCUCCCCCACCGCCUUUACAGCUGUUUGCUUAUCAAUCGACUGUUCCACCACAAUAUCAGAAACCCCCACCGGCCUAUGGCACAGCAAUUAGUCAAAUUCGAUCUCAAAGUAAACAAAAUAAAUAUCAACAGAACUCAACUGUAUCACAGCUGCAUCAUCAACAACAACAACAACAGCAGCAGCAAUUGCAGUUGCAGCAACAAAGUUCACCGGUACCAGCUUCACAUAGUUUGCAACAGUCAUCACAGCAUUUGUCACUUGAAAGUCCAAGUCAAAAUCAAAAUGUUCAACGUCAGCUCUUCAAUUUCUCUCACAUUCAGCAGCAAAGUCUAAAUUCCAUUGCUCAGCAUCUAGCAACACCGUCCAAGAGGCAAAUACUUUCCUUAAAAACGGAAACAAAAAGCGGAACACCAACUCCAUCUCCAGUGAUACGAUCGCAGCAUUCGUUACCGCAAGAUAAACAUUUGACCGAUCAACAAACAAACGUACAUACUCAAGAUUCGAAUGGAAGCAAUGCAAAACCUGGCAAUGGAUUAUACACUACAUCGAAUUCGUCGACAAGCGCUCAACCAUCGCUAUCGACUACUACUUCUACAAGCAAUGUUGGAAAUUCUAUAUUCGGUCGAAGCCCACUUGUACCCUAUCCUAUUUUGUUAUCAUCUGCUACUUCGACACUUGCCUCGUCGGCGACCUCGGUGUUACGAUAUGCUGAAUCACCAGUUGCUCAUUACCUUGAACGUGAAAAUGGUGACUUUAUUGUUCAAGAAACGCCGAAGCACGUAAUGGAAUAUGUUGAAGAAGAAGACGGCGAAUUCUCUGUCAUUGAACGUAUUUAUCAAUCACCUCCUAGUGUUCUUCAUAUUCAUGACGAAGAUGACGUUGAUGGAGAUGUCAGUAGCAAAGAAGUACUAUCUCCUAAAGUUAGUGGAAAGAAAUCCAAAUCUUUUGAUAAUGAACAAAAAUCUGAGAAAAUUGAUAAUUCCGAUAACGAAGAAGAUUUCAUGAGUAUUUCGGGGGAAAGUGACCAGGAAGAGUUUGUGGCGAGUAAUCAUCCAAAAAGUAAGAAACCCGACAUUGAUUCCAUGUCCAAGCAAUCAGAUAUGAGUUUGACUAAUGAAACCGAAACACUGUCGAAUUCAAAAAUAACUCCAUCGACGAAUGCAAGCAGUUCUCUCAGUCAGGAUUCAAUGCGUAAAAAAUCACCCAAAAAUACGAUAACAGUGUUAAGUGAUGUUCAGCUAAAUUUAAACGAAUACUUGGAUUUAGUAGGCAACAUUAUAGCUUCUAGCAAGAUAUCUCCUCAACGAAAAACACUUUCGGCCAUAGCACCGGUACCUUUAGUAAAAAUUGAAAAGGAGGAACCAUUAGACGACGAUGAGGACCAAAUACAAGAACAUCCGAUGGAUGAAGGUACAUUAACUAAACCACCACUGAAAGCCGACAAACAUGAGACUGAAAAACCAACUGACACCUCAAUUCAACCCACUGAGGAAGAUGAGAAGAAACCCGACAUUUUCGAAUGCAAUAUUGAAAGUGACAAUAGCAAGUGCGGCACAUCAUAUUCCAGUAAUUGUUCUGGCCAUGCAACUAGCGUAAUACGCAUGGCAACAACUUCUACUAGUCAGCAGAUGCAACAAACAAGCCAUGUAAACGAAGGUCUGUUGGAGGAGGGGCUACUAGUGAAGCAGAAAGAAAAGGAAAUCGUUUAUGCAGAUAAAGAACCAAAAAGUAUUACGAUACGAAGAGACUCAGACAGAGCUGAGGAUCUCUCAAAACCGCAGACCAAAAUUCAACAUAAUCUGACGGGUUUCACUUCAGACUAUUUAAGGAAACCUUUUGCUACUGCCAUAGGACGUAAGGUUCCUAAAAAGUUAGUUAUCAAGCCCAAAUCCUCAAAGACUGAAACAACAACGGCAACAAAUGCUUGUGCAUCCUCACCAACGGGUGACGAUCAAAAACCCUCAACUUCAGCCAAAGCUCAAGAAGAAUAUGCUAAACUUAAACAACGAAUAUCAACUGACAAUUCUAAUGAAACCACGCCUUUAGCGCAACAAAAAGAUAUGUUGUUUGGACAGUUAGAUGAAAAUUAUAAAGAAAGAAAUCGUUCUAAUAAAACGGCAGAUUGUGAUAAACUACAGUUGAAAACUUCGCGUGAAUUUGAUUACAUUGAAGAUAGCGAACAUGAGCAGUUAACUGUUGCAGAGAAGUUACCGAACUUAAGUAAAACUACGACAAUAGUUGAGAAAGAAAUCAAUAAAUCUUAUGCCUCAGCAGAAAAAAUGCAAAAGGCUCGAGGAAUUGCAUCAACACUUAUAAUGGAUAAGAGAUCGAAUGAGCGGCCAACUUUAGCUACAACAAAUCAUCAUUCAUCAAAUUUGACACCAACGCAGCAAGAUCGUGAGAAACAAGUGAAGAAAAAUUUGGAAUUAAUAUCAUUUAGAGAGCAUGGAGAUGGUCUUAAACCGAAACAACGAACGAUUAUUGAGGAUAUAGUUAAAGUGAAAAGUGAACCUUUAAGCGGUGGAAAUUAUGAAAAUCAAUUGCCAGAAACUGAUAUGAAUAUCGUGGAACAGCAGCUCGUGUGCCCUACCGCACACACCGUCAUGGAGUGCAAAGAGGAGAAACCAUGUCUUACGGAAACUUGCCUACCGUCAAGCACUCCGCACUUAAAAACCGAAAGUAACAUUGCCGACGACGCUCGAGUCUUAUAUGAUUUUGCCAAUUCAAAGAAAGUCACCGCGACUGAAACUUCAAGAAAAGAAUUUUUAUCAUCCUCGUCCGCGACUUUUUCAAAACAAAAAAUGCAGGAAUUCCCAAACAGUUCAAAUAUUGAUUUUAGCUCCGCUCAGACCGAAAAGGAGAAUAAAUCCGAAAUGGUUAUUAUAAACUCUUCCUAUUCUUCAGAAUCUGCCGUCGAUGUUAACUUACAGAGCUCGUCAUUUCCGCAAAAUUCUUCUGUGCUUCCGUUCAAUAACGCUCAAUCAAAUCAAGCGCAAAAUUAUAUCGACUAUCCGUUCGGAUUUCUAUACAAUAGCAACAACAACAGCAAUAAUAAUAAUAAUAAUAAUAAUAAUAAUCAUGUGUCACAACAAGAGGAUAUUAAACGUUCUCAAACCUUCUAUUCAAAUAUGACACACAGCGUUUCAGUCUCAAACAGUAGUAACUCGAAUUUGCUCGAAGAUAGUUCCGCUACGAAACAGGAUCAGAAUCUUAUAUCCAAUCAGCAGCAUAAUCAAAAUCGAAAUGUGACGGAAUGGUUUAAUAGCACCGAUGCGAAUAAUACUUCAUCAGUCUCGACGGCAGUCACCAGCAAUAUUGAAGUUAGCUUUAAUUCACCUUUAUCGGUUGAUUGCAAUGCAUCCCUGGAUGGCGGCGAUGUGAGUAAAUAUUUAGAUUUGGAUGCUUGCAAACGAGAACAGAACUUCGAUAUAAUAGAUAGCAGUAGAAGCCAAAAUCCGCCUCAGCCACCUCCUUCCUCGCCAAAUUCCUGUUCAUUUGCCGGAGCUACUGAUAAUAGUUUGAGUGGUGUUUGCCCGGUAUCUGCUGCUCUUAAUAUACGAACUGAUGAGAAAAUGCCUGCAAAGGGGGAAAUCUCUGAACAGGAAAGCAAUUGUGAUAUAGAAAAUUCAUGGAGUCAACCGAUGUAUGGCGACAUAUCGGCGCGAUUUUUCAGAACAUCCUUUCCGGGCAUGUUCACCCACGACAGUGAUUGGCAUCACGAUGACUAUUUUACAGUUCAAGACUUAAGUGCAUCGACCACGGCACCUGCGACAAAUGGUAGCAGUCGGACUAGAAGUUUUGAUCUUCGCCUGCCGUCGGAAACGACUAGUGCAGUAGCAGAUAAUUUCAUAUCCAGCGGUUUGCAAAUCUUUUCGCAGAAUAGCCAGGAUAACACUAGAGGUAACGCCGACGUAUUACCUUCUACAUCAGGCAGGGGCAAAAAGAAACGUAAGCGAAUUUCGCAAGACGAUAAAUUAAAUGUGACCGCUUCAUUGACGCAAGUUCAACAACAACAUAUUCAAGAAACGAGGGAACCGGAAUCAACUGAUUUUGAGUUACCGCAAGCGUCAGUGGCACCAUCGUCAUCCGAAUUUUUAGCUGGACCUGUUGUCCUUGGGGAUGCCUCGCUUGUACAAAAUUUAGGUCAACAAAAGCCACGCGAAAAGACAUACGAAUGCGCACGCUGCUUUGCCAAAUAUUCCAAAUUAAAAGAUCGGAAUGCUCAUAUGAUUGCUGCUCACAAUUAUGUACGUCAAAAUCGCAAACUUGUUUGUCCCCAAACGAUUAUCACAUCAACUGUAACAAGCAACGAAGCGGACGUCACCGAUUUAACGCCAAGUACCAGUGAGGGUGUCAUACUAUCAAAAUCUCUUCAAAUAGAAGAUCUACCUGAAGAUUCAAAGCAUGGCAUUGUCAAAAUCGAAACGGAACCGCACGCCGCCGAUGUAGAUCCUGUAAAUAACGAUAUGGUGACAGAAACGCCAAAGGAACUCGAUGAUAAUAAACAAAAUGUGUCCAUAGUACCGGUUGAGUCAUCCUACACUGCUACGGAAUCUAAUGUUACAACGUCAAUUGAGAAAGAGGAACAAACAUCGACGCUAGAUAUUAAAUAUCCUGGCUUGCAACGUUUAUCACUUAAUGCGCCCACCACUAAGCUGACCACGCUCUAUCGAAUGCUGGUCACGUAUAAUAUGAGCAAUUUAAAAAUAAAACAAGAUCUAACGGAAUUGGAUGAGAAGCUAAUGGAAUCAUUAAUAUUCUUUUGUCAUGUUUGUCGGCAAAGUUUCACGUCAGUGAAAUUUUAUGACAUUCAUUUAACUGAGCAUCCGGCUGAAUGCUUCUCAUGUGGAAAGAAAUUUCAAAGAUGGAAAAAUCUAUCAUUACAUUUAAAACGUCAUAUGGGUUGGAAAGAGUUUGGUUGCAAUGUUUGCGAAAAAAAAUUCGUUGUACGUAGCGCGUUAGUGGAGCAUAUGCGAAUGCAUUCUGGUCAGUCGCCACUGAAAUGUAAAAUAUGUGGUAAACACUUUAAGCGAUAUUCGAAUUUAACACAACAUCGUAAACGUCAUACUAAACAACAGUUAGUGAGAAAAAAAGAAUAUGUAUGUUAUUGCGGUGAAGUGUUACCAUCGAAGGCGAGAUUUUUAUGGCACAAAGAGACUCACGAUUCAAAGCCUAAAUGCUGCCCACAUUGCUGUGAUCGUUUCGUUCAUGUUAAUUCGCUUAAACGACAUAUACGUCUGGCACAUUCGGAUAAAUUCGAUUACGUUGAACCAAUGGAGUGUCCGAUAUGCAAGCAAGUAUUUUCGAAGGCAUCAAUGAAAUCGCAUAUGGCGACACAUUCGACCGAAAGUCAAUAUGAUUGCACCAUAUGCAGUAAAUCAUUCUCAACUAAAUGGAAUUUGAAAAUUCAUUCAUGGGUGCAUGCGAAUCGUACAGCAAAACCGUUUAAAUGCGAGCACUGCCCUAAGGCAUUUGUGCGCGAGCUUGAUUUUAAGAAUCACAUCAAUUCGCAUAAACAAAUCCGACCAUAUACAUGCGAAGUUUGUGGAUGCAAAUUUAUAAGAAAAUAUAAUUAUAUGCGCCAUCGUAGGGAACAUCAUGGAGAUAAAAAGUUUACAUGUCAAAUAUGUAAAAAAUCAUUUCAUCGCCAUUAUUAUCUUAUUGAGCACAUGCGCAUACAUACCGGCGAAAGACCCUUCCAAUGCACCAUUUGUGGUAAAAGUUCGACUACAAAAACGAAUCAUAAUAAACAUAUGAAAAUUCAUCAUUCUCGCGAUCCAUUUACAGUGGAAGUAUAAAUUGAACAAAAGUAAGGAAAAGGAAAAAUUUUCACAACUUCAACGAGACUUUUUUUGUUUCAUAACAAAUG